CAUCACCAUCAUUAGCAUUACCGAAAUCAACAUCAAUUUUAGUUGCUGUUACAAUUACAAAUAAUAAUAAUAAGAAUCCAAUCACUAUGAAUGGUAAUAAUGGAAUAAUUAUUCCGAAUAAUGGUCACGUGUCUGAUUCAAAAUCGAUAGCCGGAGACAAUAUUAUUAUUAAAAAUGAUAAACCACCUCUUACUUCUCAUCAUCAUCUUCCUCCGUUGUCGUCGUCAUCAUCAUCAUCACAGCCACCAAUCAUAACGAUUAUCGAUGAAAAUUCAAACAUGUCAAUCAAAUCUUCAUCAUCAUCAUCAUCAGCAUCAUCAUCAGUGGAUAAUAGUCCCAAACGUAAACGUCGUCGUGGUGAAGAUCAACGUCUUAUGGAUGAUUUACAUAAAAUUGACAGUUCUUUAGCAGCUAAAGUAACUCGUAUGAUUGAAUCCGAGCAGCAACAACAACAACAAAAUGGGACAAAUGGAUUGAUUGAAAAUCCUAUAAAAAUGAUAAAAAAUGACAAAUUAUCAUCAUUAUUAGAUGAAUGUGAUCAACAACAACAAAAAUCAUCAACAAAUAAUACUAAGUCAUCAUCAUCAUCAUCGGGUGAUUGUCCGGCAUUACAUUUACGUCCAAGACGUAAUAUACGACCGAAUCCAUUUACAACAGCUGGUUAUCUAUCAUCAUCUGGUUCAUCAUCACCAAUAUUUUUAAGUCCAAUUAAAUGUUCGACUAAUACUAAUCAAAGUCCAAGAAAUUUUCUAAAAACUCAAAAUCUAUUAAUGGAUACAACAAAACAAUUGAAUAAGUUUUUAAAUAACUCUGUAAAACGAGAACCAUCCGAUGAUGGUGAUGAUGUUAAACCAUCAAUAAAUAUGACAACAGAUAAGCAAAACGAUUCGAAUAUUGACAUGAAGAAAUCAUCUUGCAUUCAAAGACGACGAAAAAUAAUACCAAUUGAUCGCUAUGUUCGUCGUGAUCUAGAUGUUUCUGUAUUCGCCACAAUGAUAACACCGGCACGGUUGGAAAUUUCACAAACGUAUCCAUACAAUUAUUUAUCAUUAAAAAUAUUGGAACAAAAAUCCAUACGUUUUGUAGAAUUGAAUGAUUCACGAACAAAACGACAAUUUACAUGUCCAAUUCUGGAACUGAUUGCCGUAGAUAUUCCUGAUCGUUUUAACAUUGAUUAUAUUAAUGGUGUUUUUGAUGAACCUGAAGUUAAUUCAGUAUCGGCCACUAAACUCACUGUCUAUUUAGUUGGUUCCUAUGCAUUGAAAUCAAAAUCAUUAAUCACCAUGAAUGACAAAUCAUCGGCAAACGAUGGCUAUAAAAGUGAAAAGAUUAUAAACAUAUUAAAAUUUCGUACAAGUCAUGAAAAAUUACCAUCACCAAUAACUAGAAAUCUUAAAAAACGUAAAUUAAUUCAUGGAAAUAGAACGCCGGAAUAUCCAUUUACAAUCAUUGUUGAUUCUCCGGAUGAUUUAAUGGAGAAUUUUAUAAUGAAAAAUGAACAAAUAAAAAGUGAAAACAAUGAUAAUGAUGAUGACGAUGAUGAAGUGAUUAUACUGGAUGAUCCAUUCGUUGAUCUUUAUAAUAAUCAAAAUAAUAAUGAUGAUGAUGAUUGGUUACCGAUGGUAUCAUAUUCUGAACAAUGGCAACCACCAAAAGAUCCACGUGAAUUGAAUCGUUCAUUAUAUAUAAUACAGCCAUGUAUACCAAAAUUUGAAUCAUCAUCACGAACGGUAAAAAUGUCAUCAUCAUCACCAUCCACAAUAAUGGCUUGAUCAUCAUCAUCAACACAAUUACAUCCAUAAAUACUAUGAUUAAGAAUCAGAAUUUCAUUUUUUUCGCUUAUAGCUUCAACACACACACACACACAAACGUUUCAUGUACAGAAAUAGCAUUACUACUGGUCAAAUUAAUUUUAUUUUCCAUUUCCUUUUGAACCUAUUCCUGGAAAAAAAUUCAUGCUAUAAAAUAUAUGUGAAAA